AUGCAUGUAGCGGCUACAGCGUCGAAUAUAGGACCUCUACCGUUCCAUGGAGACGACGAAUGGGUACAAACGCAUCUGAAACACCGAGAUGCCGAGCGUGUAGAGCGAAAUAGUCCCGAAUGCCGCAACUCUUCUGUGGAGACCGUGUGCUUUAAUCGCGCCGAGUUUACCAAGCAGAUCCAGGCGCUCCUGGAUGCAGACGUAAGCGAUGGCUUUGUGAUUGGUCUGAAACACCGCAGAGAGUUUGCCCUGCGCUUGUGUGAGGACUACAAGGUGUUUACAGAGAAGCAGAAGCUGGAGCUCGUGCUGGCACUCGCAGUGGAUCUGGGCGUGCGCGAUCUGGCUCGGAUGAUGAAGACGCUGCCUUCUAUCAAGCGUUCCGGCUUGGUGCUCAACGUGACGGCCGCGGCGCUGGGCUUUAGUCGCAAGAACCACCCAAACAUAUCCAAAAGCGUUAAGCGCGGGCUCGUGCCACUUGCAGAGCAAUUCUUCUUGUUGGUCGGUACGAUACAGCCUGGUCCAUUAUUUCUGCUCAAUUUGAGAGUUGAUUUGGGUGCUUUGAUCGAGCGCAAUCGACACGAACUACCAACAGCCAGUGUGGAAGCGCUGGAACUCUUGGAUCUGAUCAUGCGGGACUUGUUUGCAACGCAAGGUAGCAUGCGUUUUCACCGUAUUGACUUGUCGUCGGAGGAUCUCGCUGCAUUCGUGCUGAAAAACGAGCGAGUGCAUCAAGUCCGGAGCUGGAACGAUCUCCGGCGCAGACUGGUCGGACGGCAACGCUACUGCUUCGGUCUAUUCCAUAUGCACAUGCCCCGUGCUCCGCUGGUCUUCGUGCAGGUGGCAGUGAUGGACGGUUUGUGCAACAGCAUCGCUCCUAUUCUAGAGCAAGAAACUCCGGUGGUGAAGAAUCCUUCUCACAUCAUUUUCUACUCAGUUUCAACAUCGAAUACUGGACUUCGAGGACUGAACAUUGCAAGCCACUUGUUGUUCUUGACAAUCCAACGUAUGAUCAGUAUGUUUCCGCAGUGCUCGGUGGCUGCAACGUUAUCACCUGUUCCGGGUUUUGCAGAAUGGUUUAAGGCUGCACUUGCUAACGGCGAUCAGCAGUCACAGAGACUUUCCGAUGCCAAGAGUCCUUGGAAAACGAAGCACGACAGGAAUUCAAAACUGCAGCACCUGGAACGCUGUCAACGGAGUUUUUUUACGGCAGAACAAAUGAACCGUCUUUCGAUACGAUACGGUGCAAACCAGCUCGGGCUACACAAAUGGCUGUUACACAAAAUCAGUGAGCCUGAGUGGCACAAAGAAGUUGAGCUACUGGAGAAUAUUCGUGAUAUUAUAACAACCGCCUGCGCUCGCUAUGUUCUGUUUGAGCGAAAGCGUGACAAGAUCUUGGAUCCCGUGGCAAACUUUCAUCUUCAAAACGGUGCUCAGGUCGAGCAAAUAAACUUCAUGGCUGAUAGCAGCCCAUCAGCCUUGACGUCAGCGUUAGGCAUGAUGGUUAAUUACCGCUACUGUAUGAUGUCCGUUGACGCAACUUCUGCGUCAUACAAGCGUGGGUCUCUUGCAGCUGUAUCGCCUGCAGCAGCUCGGCUUUUUUGGUCGGCGGACAGCGCCAUCUUGGAUGAACUAGAGCGCUUAAAGGACGAGCGGAACACGCCACUGUUCGCCAAAGUUUUUCAAGCCGGCGAAGUGAUCAAUGCACGCGGAUCGCUGCCCGCGGCAAUCUACUUUAUUGUGUCAGGAACAGUACGCGUGCAUUCCGUGCAUUCAUAUACACUAUCCAAGGGCCAGACGUUUGGGGAACGUGAAUCACUGAACGAUGAGCCGGUAGCGUUCACCGUCCGUGCCGAGACAUCGACAUAUUUGCUAUUGCUGCCGUACAACGACGUGAAGGCAAUUCAACUCGAAUCAAAAGUGUUGCAGGACUACGUUGAGAAGGAGCAGCGCGUAUGGCAGCAGCCGUUUCAGGGAAGUAAGCUCUAA